ACGUCCGUACUUGGCUUUGUUUGUGCCGCAUAAACAAUGCCACUCCCCGUAGCAUAAAAGCGAGGUUCACUGUCAGUGUCUUAAUUGCCUUGCUAGUUGGAAUUGGGCCUUAAAGCAAAACAAUUCGAAUUAACUUGCAAGCGGUGAAAAUUAGUCGUAAGUGUGAAAAUAUUUCGCAUAUUGUUCCAUUCGUUGCAUCAUGGAGAAGACAUUUGCCAUAACACCGUGGAAAUAUGCACUGCUCACAACAUGCAUUCUAAUUUCGGCUCUUAACAUAUUAUUCUUCUCGUGUGGCGUUGUCACCUGGGGCUCUGCCUCUUCGAUCUAUGGUGGCUAUGCGGCAGCUUUAUGUGGUGCCGCAGUCUUUGCCGCCGCCUUUCUGGGCGUGUAUGUAUCACUCAAAGAGUCCUACAAGUAUUCCAUAUAUUAUUUGAUCUGCACCACAUUGGUAAUGACGCUGCUGGCCACUUACUUUUUUACCUAUUCCUCGAUGCGGGAACAAUUGCUGCGUCAGUUUGAGGAUCGUGUGAAGCGUUUAUUUGACGAGAAGUCGAUUCAUGAUGAUACCAUGCAGCCCAUACACAGCCUAUUCCGCUGCUGUGGCCUGGAGGGACCGCAGGAUUAUUUGGCCAAGGAGGAGGGCGCUUUGCCCGGCAGCUGCUGUUAUGCGGCUGAUUGCAGCAAAUCCUGGAAUAUCAAUGACGAAGGUUGUGCCACAAAGGCGCCACGUCUGUUGCAGCUACAGUCAGAUAUCAAUUACUACACUUGCAUUGCCAUGUUCGCUCUAGAGAUAUUGGGAGUUUUCUCUGCCUAUUUUAUGGGCAAGGCACGCAAGUUGAUCAAGACAAAGGACGAUGAGACUCCCAUAAAUGAGAAUUAAAUCGAUGCUUAGUCCCAUAUAGUCGAAACAAUUAGUCAAAUUAGUAAAUUUAUGAUUUUUAAAUAAAAUACAAUUCGAUUACGUUA